UUGGUUUGCCCCUCUGCGCAUGCGCACAGCGGUAAGUCUUCCGCUUCAGUAUUGCUCAUUAAACGUUACGUUACGUCAACGAUGGCGGAGAUCCACGAACGUCGCGGUAAGCUCGGCAACCGAAGCUCUCCAGCCAGAGGCGCAUCCUCGAGGACGCAGCGCGAGGCGUCUGGUGACGACUCCACCGUUCUGGCGAAGCUGUUGGCGGCGGGCUUUUACGGGGUCAGCUCGUUCUUCAUCGUUGUCGUCAACAAAAGUGUCCUCACGAACUACAGUUUCCCAUCGUCGACAUGUGUCGGACUCGGCCAGAUGUUGGCCACCAUUGUGGUCCUGAGGACUGGGAAAAUGUUGGGCGUCAUCUCGUUCCCAGACCUAGAUUUGAGUAUACCACGCAAGAUGUUCCCCCUGCCUCUGCUGUACGUCGGGAAUCAAAUAUCGGGACUGUUUGGAACGCAGCGACUGAACCUACCCAUGUUCACAGUCCUGAGAAGAUUCAGUAUAUUUCUCACCAUGGUGUUUGAGGGACUCCUCCUGAAAAAGACUUUCUCUGCCCCCAUCAAGAUGACGGUGUUCACCAUGAUCUUCGGGGCUUUUGUGGCCGCUAGCGCUGACUUGGCUUUUGACUUUGAAGGAUACGCGUUCAUUAUGAUGAACAACGUUCUGACGGCAGCCAGCGGCGCUUAUGUGAAACAGAAACUCGACUCUAAGGAGCUGGGCAAAUACGGGCUUCUGUAUUACAACGCUUUGAUCAUGAUUUUCCCCACUUUGGCAUACGCUUACUACUCAGGAGACUUACAGGUGGGGCUGGAGUACAGAGGCUGGUCCGAUCACCUGUUUGUGCUGCAGUUUGUGCUCUCCUGUGUCAUGGGCUUUGUUCUGAUGUACUCAAUCAUGCUGUGCACGCAGUGCAACUCGGCGCUCACUACCUCCAUCAUCGGCUGCAUUAAGAAUAUUCUGGUCACCUACAUUGGAAUGGUGUUUGGUGGAGACUACAUAUUCACUUGGGUCAACUUUAUAGGUUUGAACAUCAGCAUUGCUGGAAGCCUGGUGUACUCCUACAUCACCUUCACACAGGGGCAAACAAGUAAGGCCAGUUGA